UGAGUGUCUGACUUAAAAUUUCAUAACAAAUAGUUUUGAAAUAAAGCAAAGCCGUGCCAUACGGAAAACAUCGCAAUGAAAGGAGCAUUCUGCUGGUCUCUACUUAUUUUGGCUACACUUUUUGGUGCAAGUGGUGGAAAUUAUUACAACAGUGAUGAUGGAAGUUUAGUGUAUAUUGGAAGUUUUUAUGGGAUUCAUUUGUCGGUGACUUGGUUUGAUGCCGUCUGUGCAUGCUAUAAUCGGGGUCUGGUUCCAAUCACAAUUGAUAGCGAGCAUAAGGAAAACCAGAUAAAACAUUUGCUAACAAAGAUAGGUGCAAAUGAGACGUUUUGGACUGGUGGCAACAAUAUUGCAAAUGCGAACUAUUUUAAAUGGUUAUCAAGCGGAAAUGUAAUUGAGUAUUCGAAUUGGGGAUAUAAUGCACCUUCAUAUGCCAGCGAUAACUGCAUAAACAUAGAUUCUACAAAUAAGUGGGAUCAUUGGCGUUGCGAUAUAGAGUCUCGGUAUAUGUGUGAAGAAAAUGCCUAUAUUGCACAAAGCAAUGCAGAGCCAAACGAAGAUCCAUUGUUCUAUGUCCAUGAACAACUAAAAGACGAAUGUAAAUUGAAUCGAAAAGACGAUUUGCAACAUCGAUUUAAAAGAAUAUUGGUAUUGUAUAACAAUAUAAUAAAAAUCAAUGCGACCCUUCAAAGGAAUGUGGACCAAGUAAAAACUCUGCAAAUAGAAAAUGAAAAUUUCAAACUGCAAUUAAAUGAAGCGCUUGCAGAUGCUAAGAAUACAAAAAAACAGUUGGGCGAAAUUCAAGGAAUUUUGACAACAAAUUCGAAAGAAUUGCCACACUUGACCAAUGAAAAACAAAAUUCGGCUCUAGAGAUGGAAGAGUGGAUUGAAGAAAUCAAAGCAAUGCGAAAGGAAAUAAACAAUUUGAAAGAAUUUCAGAAUGGUGCUGAAUAUCAAUUAGCAUUAUUCGAUAACCCUAACAUUAAGGACUACCUCAAUUCCACUUGGAGUUUGGCUUAUUUAAAAUCUAAAGACGAUCACAUUGAAGAUCUCAGGAAAUUCAUCAACCAAUUGGAAAGUCGUUUGGCUAAAUGUGAAAACCCAGAAAAUCGCGACGCAACAAAUUAAACAAUAGAUUCAGAAUCUCUAAUAAUUUGUAGUUUGUUUUAAUAAUAAUAUUGGGUUGCCUAAAAAGUAA